GGCUUCGCAGAGCCCGACCGAGGUUCCACCCAACACCACAAAAUCACCACAUGGAGAGCUCAGCAUCAUGGCUCCUCGUGCGGGGUUUGACACGGAGCAGCUCCGGGACAAGGCGCGCAAGGAUCUGCUCCAUCUCCUUGAGGGAGUUCGCGGCAAGAAGAACCUCGUGAUUGAGAAGGAGCUGGCUGGUCCACUCGGUGUCGUGGUCAAGGCCUCCACUCUUCGCGACUACGGCGUCGACAACUUCUUCUUCCUGGAGAACAAAAACACAGACACGAGCCAACGGAAUGUUGUGUUCGUCGCUCGCGGCGAGUCCGCCCGCAAUGCCCAUGCCAUCGCAGACCAGAUCAUCCGGCUUCAACGCGAGAGUCAAUCACCUCACGAAUUCCACAUCUUCUGGGUGCCUCGGCGGACUCUGCUGUCGGACAAGGUGCUGGAGGAAGCCGGUGUUCUGGGUGACACCAACGUCGCCGAGCUGCCCCUCUUCUUCUUUCCGCUGGAAACAGAUGUCUUGUCGCUCGAGCUGAGCGAUUCCUUUAGGGAUCUGUACCUCGCGAAAGACCCAACCCCUCUCUUCCUGCUUGCCCGUGCCUUGAUGGGGAUCCAGCAGAAACACGGCCUGUUUCCUCGCAUCAUCGGCAAGGGUGACAGCGCUAAACGAGUAGCCGAUCUUCUCAUCCGCAUGCGGCAGGAACUGCUUGCGGACGAGGAUGCAGCCGAGGCGGACGCGACCGGGCUAUCCCCCAGCACUACUAUCGAGAACGUCAUCAUAAUCGACCGUGAGGUCGAUUUUGUCACGCCGCUUUUGACGCAACUCACCUACGAGGGUCUUAUAGACGAGGUGUUUGGGAUCCAAAACAAUCAGACCGACGUCGAUUCGACCAUCGUUGGUGCCGUGGCGCAGCCGGCAGGGGCGGGUACGUCGUCAGCCGCGCCGUCUAACAACGGGCAAUCGCGAAAGCGCAAGAUCCAGCUGGAUGGGUCGGACCCCUUGUUCGCACAGCUUCGCGACUCUAAUUUUACUGUCGUCGGCAAUCUCCUGAAUAAGAUAGCCCGACGGCUGAAGAGUGACUACGAAAGUAGGCAUAGCUCCAAGACGACGGCGGAACUCAAAGAGUUUGUAAAGAAGCUUCCUGGAUAUCAAGCCGAACAGCAGAGCUUAAAGAUCCAUACGGGCCUGGCAGAAGAGAUCAUCAAGUACACGCGGACUGAGAGGUUUAACAAGUUGCUCGAGGUCCAGCAGAACCUGGCGGCAGGUGCCGAUCCCUCGGGGCAAUUCGAUGCGAUCGAGGAGCUCAUCGCCCGUGAUACCCCAUUACCCCAAGUCCUCAGGUUAUUGUGCAUCUACUCGUGCAUCUCUGGAGGGAUCAAGACCAAAGAACUGGACCAUUUCCGGCGGCUGAUCCUGCAGGGAUACGGAUAUCAGCACCUCCUUACCCUCCAUAACCUAGAGCGCCUGCAGAUGCUCUUAUCCAGAGCGUCGCCCUUGGCGUCGAUGAUCCCCAUGACUGGUUCCGUGGGUGCCCAGGGUACCAAGACUAAUUAUACAUACCUGCGGAAACAGCUGCGGCUCAUUGUGGACGAAGUGAAUGAGCACGACCCCAACGACAUCGCCUACGUCUACAGCGGCUACGCACCGCUCUCCGUGCGGCUCGUGCAGUGCGUGUUGCAAAAGCAGUACCUGCUCUCCAUCACCCGAGGCAACUCGGCAGGCGGCGCAUCGGGUGCGGCAGCGGGAGGUGCACAGGGCUGGCGGGGAUUUGACGACGCCGUGAAACACGCCCGCGGGCAGACGUUCGACGAGGUUCAAAAGGGCGAAGACAAGGCUGUUAAGGCGCGGGCUCUGUUGUCGGGCAGCGGCGAGAAGAAGACGGUGUUUGUUGUGUUUGUGGGCGGCAUCACAUUUACAGAGAUCGCGGCGCUGAGAUUCCUGGCGAAGCAAGAGGAAGCACGGAGAAACUUUGUCAUAUGCACUACCUCGAUCAUUAGCGGGAACCGAAUAAUGGAUGCCGCGAUAGAGAGAGGGACGUUCGAAAAGAGCAACCCACAGGCUGCGCAACAAGCGCGAUGAAUUGCGAUACCCAUUCUAGCAGUAUAUGGCGACCUGGACUUAAUACGGGUGAUCUCAAGAGGCUCAACUGGGGGGAGAAGGGGGGGGGGGCG